AUGGCAUGGUCUUUUCUUGGCUGGAGUUUUGGUGAAGUGAGUGAACAUGUUGAAAAGGGAAAGGAAUUGCUCGGUCACUAUAAGAAACAAUCUGAUUGGUCCAAUUGUUGGAGAGAUGCAGUGAAUGAAAUGGUGGAGCAUUGUAAGCAGAUUAAAACAGAUGAGAUUACUAGAACCAAGCUAGCCAUCCAACUAACAAACUGCCAUUUGAGCAAGUCAGGGCUCAUGACAUAUCAAUGCAAAGACGACAUGACCAUUCAAGAAUGUACAAAAGACAUGAUUACUUCACCCAUAGCUUUCAACAGCUAUACAGAGUUUAGCACUCAUGUUGACAAUAUUUGCUUUUUUAUCAAGUCAGAACUAUUUCAAGAAAAAUCGGAUCAAAUAAUUAAUAGUUUACUUGACGAAACAGUUCGAACCUUGGAAAGUAUUAACUCUCUCAAUGAAAAAGCUGUCAAAACAAAUAGCAUUGUUCAAACGUCCAUGGAAAUGCAGGAAAAGGUUCUUCAAGGUCAAAACAAGUUUGAUGCCACUCUCAGGACAAUGAAGAAGCUCGAAUACGAAUUCUUUCAAAACUUAACACAGGAAUUUCUGAAAGUCAACUCUCUCUCUAAAAAUUUAUUUGACGAAUUACACCAUAUAUCAACAGAGCAAUCGAAGCACAGAACACAAGUAGAAGAUCAUUUUUAUUCACUCAAUAGUGCCAACAAAGAAUUAAGUAGAGCCUUAGAUCGGUCUCUCCAACAAACCAAGCAAAUGAGCGAGGACCAAUCAUCUAUCAUUCACACAUUGAAUGGAUUGAAUCAAAAGCAAAACGAGAUUUAUGAAAUUUCUUCACUUUCUCUUCAACAGCAAGAUCAAUUACUUAAAGCCCAAAAUGCACUCCAAAAGCUACAACAAGAUCUGCAUGUUCUCACUUCAACAAAAUUGGAGUCUAUUGAGGUUAAAUCUCUAAAUAUCGAGCAUGGGUUAGAAAAAAACAUGGAAUAUCAAAAUUUACUUUUUGAACAACAGAAGCAAGCAGAAUAUCAAUUGACACGUCUUCAGGAUCAACAACAGUUAUUGUUUCAAGACGCCAAGAAAUCUCUGGAAGAAUUACUCAAGUACAAUGAGGACGCAGCCACGAGUAUCAAAGAACAACAUGUUCAAGUUCAGAAAAUUAUGAACGGAGUUAUGGAUCUCAUUACUGUGAACACUUCAUUACUUGGAGAAUACAUGGAUAUCAAAUCCAUAUUGUUCUACUCGCUGGCUGUAGUGCUGACAUUUUUAUUAACAUCCUCAAAGUUCACACAAAAUGCCAGAUUUUAUAUUUAUCUAGUUUUUACUUUAAAUUUAUUUGUAGAAAAGUAUGUCUUGUCAAACUUAUUGGAUCCACUCAACACGACACGAGUCAAUUAUUGGAAAGGAGUUUGUAGGCAAUUGAGUUUAUUACUUUCAUUCCUAUGCCUUACUUGGUCUUUCUUCUUGUACAAGGAUUAUAGUCAAAUGAGUUUUGAAGAAAUUUCUCACCUCAGAAAAGAGAUUCUAGAUUUAAGGAAAGCCAAUAUUUCGAGUAAUAAUUAUCAAAUAUUUUCUCCUUUUCGUUCUGAAAAACACUCAGAUCGGCGUGGAACCUAUCAACCAGCACCUAUACAUGACUGGAAGCAAAUCAAGUAUUAA